AUGGAUAUGGAUAUUCUCGAGAACAAGCAAGAGUCAUCUGUCGACGCUAUCGAACAUCGGGCAACAACAAAGAAUCCAUUUAAUGACAUUCGUUUUUUCGUGUUUUGUGGAUUUCUUUUCAAUCUCAAUGUAAUGUGGGUAACUAUCGCGUUUGUAGCUCUAUUGACAACAGUCGAGGUGAGAUAUGAGUUACCUAGCACACAACUUGCAAGUGUUGUAACAGUGUCUAUGUCAGCAACAUUGGUAGCUUUACCGAUUGUGACUUACUUUUUUGGUCGCCCGACCGAUCAGAGGCCUAAAUGGAUAGCAGUUGGCGGCAUGAUUGUUGCACUGGGGGUUUCUAUAUCGGCCGUGCCACAAUUUAUCAGUGAUCCAUAUGCAUACGAUGAAGUGAAAAAUGACACUAGUUUUGGAGCUGUUCUAGAAGGCUUGUGCGUGAAUGAUGGUGAAAACCAGGGGAUGUGGAAUGCGACACAGUGUGACGAAGGCGGGAAGAAAGUUGCAACCGGCGGUCAGUUGGCUUACAUUUUAUUCCUUGUUGGGAAUUCCCUGCUUGGAAUUGGUUUUGCACCAACACAAACUCUGAUAUUGUCAUACAUCGACGACAAUGCUGGUGACAACGCCCCGCUGUAUAUUGGGUUUUACGAGGCUUCCUUAGGAUUGGGACCUCCAUUGGGCUUCUUCAUUGCUGGUAUAUGUCUACGGUAUUACGUUGAUUUCUAUCGUGUUGACAUGACAACUAUCAAUAUAUCAAUGAAAGAUCCGCGUUGGGUUGGUGCGUGGUGGAUGGUUAGCUGCAUUGGUGCAAUAUCUAUGCUGGUCAUCGCUAUUCCAAUGUUUUUCUUUCCGAAAGCAAUGGAGGUUCCAUCGCCAACGAAAAUAGCAAAACAAAAACGCCCACCAAAGAAAACAGUUGAUAGUGCUGUGCAACAAAAUGGACUAUUGAAGACAUUGAAAGACUAUGUGAGAGUGUACGCAAGACUCCUAAGUAGUGGCGUCUUUUUAUUGGCGAUAUGUGGGUUCUCGAUUAAUCGACCAGUAGGAUUUGCUUUAUUCUUACCAAAGUUUUUUCAACGAAUGGCUCUUUUAAAUCCUAGUUUCACCAGUGUUCUUAUGGGUUUGACGUGGCUACUACCUAAUGUACUAUCUACUAUAACAACAGGAUAUAUCAUAAAGAAACUUCACCUAACGCUCACUGGUGUUAUCAAGAUGGUUUUAGUUUUAUCAGUUAUUAGUGUAAUCAGUUCAUGGUUACUACUUGCGUUUCCCUGUGAGGGAAUUGAUUUUACGAAUCCAGAAGAUGGAACAGUAGCAAUGAGAAACGAGCAUUUAUCAGCAUCGUGCAAUUCAGACUGUGGGUGUUCCACCGAGCAUUACCAGCCUGUAUGUGGGUCGGAUGGCCGAAACUAUUUCUCUCCAUGCUAUGCUGGAUGUUCUGAUUUUCCGUCUGACAAGAAAUUUACCAACUGCACUUGCAUAUCAACGAACACUGACACUGCGACGGAAGCACGCUACGUAUCACAAGGCCUUUGUCCCAAAGAUGCGUGUCAAGGAAAUCUCAUACCAUUUAUUAUUGUCUUGGUAAUUUUUGCAUUAUUCAACAGCGCAGGGAUAAUACCAAGCAUCAAUAUUACAAUGAGAGUUGUUGCUGAAGAGGACAAGUCAGUUGCUCUUGGACUGCGCUAUAUAUGUGUGCGACUAAUCAAUUAUAUACCUGGUUCUAUUAUAGCAGGGCAUGUAAUUGAUUCAUCGUGUGCAAUCUGGAAAACUAAAUGUGGCAAAAACGGUGUCUGUACUGCUUUCAAUGGUGACAAGUUUCGUUACAUGUUCGUUGGAAUCACUGCUGGGGAAACUGUCAUAGCUCUGUUUUUACACAUCGUUCUUUACGUGCUGGUAAGAAGAAAAGAAAACAAAAAGGCUGCCAAAGAACGUGUAACCCCAUCUUCCGGCGGGUGUGAAAAUGCGGCGAGGCUGGCAGAUUGUGAUGCUCCAUCCAGCCUGAAUAAUCUUCCAUCAUGUGCAGCAAACCAGUGUCAGUCUUCUUCGCCGCAGUCACUUGAGCUGUCUCCUAUGCCAGUAUAUAUGAUUUAA